UCUGUCAUCUCUUCAAACUUCAUCUCUUUCUCUCUCCAUCUUCAAAACCCACUUCUUAUUUUUGCUUUUUUGCCAUCUUUGCAAAGAUAACAAGGCCUAAGAGUGUCGGUGCUUAUAGAAGGCAAUAAGAGAAAUACAUCAAAAUACAAAAAGAAAACAAAGGCAGUAGUUAUAGAAUAUGGGUGAAGUUCCUGCUACAAAAUCAGAUUCCAAGUCUUCAAAGGAGUCCAAAACAGAUAAUCAAGCCUCCGGGAGAAGGAAAGUGGCUGAGAAGAUUGUGGUGAGAGUUAGGAUUGGUGGAAAUGUUAGGAUACAAAAGGGAGAAGGCCCACCUUCUGAUAUGUGGUCAUGGAGGAAAUAUGGGCAAAAGCCCAUCAAAGGAUCUCCUUAUCCAAGGGGCUACUACAGGUGCAGUACUUCGAAGGGCUGUUCAGCCAAAAAGCAAGUAGAGAGAUGUAGAACAGAUGGUUCAACGCUCAUCAUCACCUACACCUCCACCCACAACCAUCCAGGUCCAACUGACCCCACACAACAACGCCACCAAGACCAACCAAUCAAAAACAUCCCCACCACAAACCCAAAUCAACCCAUCAUAAGUGAAGAAGAUUUCAAUGAAAAUUUCCACUUCCAAUCACCCAUCAUCAGCUCACCAGGCAUCAACCAAGAAGACCCACUAACAACACUGGAAGUGGCCCACAACCCCAUGACCCUCCUUUUUGAUGAACAACCCAACAUCAUCACCUUCUCACCACGUAAGUCAGAAGAAAAUGAUUUCUUCGAUGAGCUUGAAGAGCUACCCAUUUCUUCAUCUUUCUCAAGCCUGGUGAGAAGAAGCUUCUUUGAUGAAAGGAUCCUAGUUUAGUAUGGAAAAGAAAAUGGUUUGAGAUGUACAUAUACACUAGGAACUUUUUUAGUCUGUAGUCAAUAAAUAAUGGGGACAACGACAUGGACGGUCUGGAUUUCCGAACAUGUAUCUCUGAGGGUGGAUGGUGGUUGAACACCACCACUCUAAAUUGGGAGUACGUAUGUUGCUGUU